AUGGCUCUUCUGAUGUGUGAAGAGAUCGAAAAAUCCAGCUACCAUAGCCAAAUCCCUUAUGGUGGAUCGGCACUACGCCCGACGGGGGCUCUUGUCAAAGACAAAGAUCUACUUGAGCCUAUAGCGGUUGUAGGGUAUUGUUUUCGCUUCCCAGGCGAUGCAGUCGAUGACGAGGGAUUUUGGAGGUUGAUGAUGGAGAAGAGAUGCGCCAUGACGCAAUCAUCGGCCGAUCGUUGGAAUGUCGCUGGGUGGUAUCAUCCAGACAAAAGGCGACGAGGACAGUUCACACCACGAGGGGGGCAUUUUCUCAAAGAAGAUGUGUCCCUUUUUGAUGCUGCAUUUUUCUCCCUUUCCGCUGACGAGGCGUCUGCACUGGACCCCCAGCAGCGGCAAAUACUGGAGGUGACGUAUGGUGCGCUUGAGAAUGCCGGUAUACCAAUGGCACGCAUCGCAGGUUCCCAAACAUCUGUCCAUGUUGGAUGCUUUGGGAGUGACUACCGCCUUAUGGCCUGCAAAGAUGUCGAAAUGAGUGCCGACUAUGACGUUGUCGGUAUCAACGCAUGUAUGAAUGCCAACAGAGUCAGUUGGUUCUUCGAUUUGCAUGGCACCAGCAUGAAUAUCGACACGGCAUGCUCUAGCAGCUUAGUAGCCAUGGACUUAGCAUGUCAAGGCUUACAAUCCGGAGAUGCCGAUAUGGGAAUCGUCGCGGGUACUAAUAUGAUAUUAUCGCCAGACAUGAUGCAAGUGUUCUCGAAUGUCAACAUGCUCUCCCCCGAUUCGCGAAGCCAUAGCUUUGAUCAUCGCGCAAACGGAUACGGCCGGGGCGAAGGAACUGGAACAUUGAUCUUGAAACGCCUCAGAGACGCCAUUCGUGACGGCGAUACUAUCCGAGCCGUCGUUCGUGCAACCGGUUCCAACCAGGACGGCUUGACGCCAUCCGGAAUCAUGCAACCUAGUGGAGCUUCUCAGGCACAACUGAUUAGAAGAACCUACGAGAAAGCAGGGCUUAGUAUGGAGCCAACCUGUUUCUUCGAGGCCCAUGGAACAGGAACUCCGGUCGGUGAUCCAAUUGAGUGCAACGCAAUAGGAGAGGCCUUCCGUGGCAUGCGCGGGUGUAGUUCACCUGGAAUCCAAGAGCCGCUUAUAGUUGGCGCCGUGAAGUCAAAUAUCGGCCAUCUUGAGGGUGCCAGUGGAAUUGCCGCCAUCAUCAAGACCAUCAUGGUUCUUGAAAAGGGACUCAUUCCGCCCAAUGCUAAUUUCGAAAGGCUAAAUCCCAAAAUUGAUCUCGAGUUCUUAAACCUGAAACUUCCUCACCAGCCAACACCAUGGCCAACUCGGGGCUUGCGGCGGGCAUCUGUGAAUUCCUUUGGAUUUGGAGGCUCAAACGCUCAUGUUAUCCUGGAUGAUGCGUUCCACUUUCUGCAAGAUCAUCACCUCGUGGCAAAUCAUGUCACUGUGGAGGUCCCUGCUACUCUGGCUGUCUCGGAAACAGCAGAAAGCACGGAGUCCUCUAGGAUUCAAACCCCCGGUGACCUACCCAGGCUUUUGGUAUUCUCUGCUUCUAGCAAAGAGGUCACGAAGAACAUGGUUCACACAUACCAAAGCCAUUUUGAGAUGUUAUCCCCGCAGUCCAGUCAUUCAGAAUAUUUAGGGGACUUAGCCUACACUCUAAACCUGCGUCGGACGACCCUCGAUAAUAGAACAUUCUUUAUCGCUUCUCGAUUCUCCGACUUACAAAAUAUUGACAAGUUGGUAUCCCCAAUCCAUAAAACCCUCGAUGCCCCUGUCCUAGGAUUUGUCUUCAGCGGCCAGGGUGCGCAGUGGCCUGGGAUGGGCCGAGAGCUUUGGGGCUUGUCUGGGUUUCGCAAUACCAUUGACAACUGCGAGAAGGCUCUGCGUUCCUUUGGCUGCCCUUGGUCUCUGCGUGAAGAGUGUCUAGUCGAAAGUACCAGCAGGUCUAGAAUCCAUGAGCCCGAAGUCGCCCAGCCAGCAAAUACUGCUCUGCAGAUUGCUUUGUUCGAUCUUCUGGAUGGUCUUGGUAUUCGGCCUGCGGCCUCCAUUGGGCAUUCCUCCGGGGAAAUUGCCGCUGCAUAUGCAGUUGGCGCUCUGAAUCUCCAGGACGCCAUGAAGGUCGCAUAUUUUCGGGGCCUUUGUGCUGGUCAGCUAGCUAGGGACAGUGGAACGAGCGGCGGUAUGAUGGCUGUCGGACUUUCGGUGGAGGAAACAGAACAAUUCAUUGACAAGGUCGCUAGUUUUUGCUGUCGCAAGAUUUCUGUCGCGUGCGUCAACAGCCAGAAGAGUGUGACGGUCUCCGGGGAUCGAGACCAAAUCGAAAUUCUGAAAAACUUACUCCAUGCUGAGGGUAUCUUUGCCCGGAUACUGAAGAUUCCGGUCGCCUACCAUUCCUCUCACAUGAACCUUGUGGCGGGCAAGUAUCGCGAACAGAUGAUGGGCAUUGGUAUUGGACGCCAAAUCAAACCAGUUAUGAUGGUCUCUUCGGUGACAGGCAAAAAGGUUAAGCUUGAAGAGUUGGGAACACCAGACUAUUGGGUUGCCAAUCUUGUCUCGCCUGUCCGAUUCACAGACGCUUUCUUCGGAAUAUGCUCUGGACGAAGAAUUCGCAAGAAGCUGGACUGCAGCCACAGAAGCCAAGCCAGCGUUAACAUUCUUCUUGAAAUCGGGCCUCACUCAGCUCUCCAGGGGCCCAUUCGAGAUAUGCUGGACACGCUGCCAUGGGGUCGCGAUAUGAGGUAUUGUCCAACGCUGAGGCGCAAGGAAAAUGCAACCCAUCAGGUUCUCGCCGCUGUCGGGCAGCUACACUGUCUGGGCAUACCAGUGAAUAUGGAAAGAGUGAAUAGGCUCACGGAUCCGAGCCCUGUCAAACAUCCACGGGUUCUGGUGGAUCUCCCGCGGUACCCGUUCAACCAUACUAACUCAUACUGGCGUGAAAGCAGAGCCAGCAAGAGGGGACGGCUCAGAGAACCUCGCUACGACCUCAUUGGACAGCGUGUACCGGAGUGGGAUCCUUUGGAGGCUCGGUGGCGACAUCAUAUCCGUGUCACAGAAAUGCCUUGGGUAGAAGACCACGUCAUUGGCGGCACUCUUAUUUACCCGGGAGCGGGUAUGGUCGUGAUGGCCAUCGAAGCCGCUAAUCAGAUGGUCAAUGAUGCCGAUGCUAUUUCCGGCUUUGAACUAAAGGCUGUAAAGUUCCAGCGGGCGCUGGUUAUCCCUCGCACAGCAGAGGGUGUUGAGACCAGCCUCCUGUUACGGACCAUGAACGGCGGGGAAAGGCCCACCUCAUGGAUGGAAUUCAGACUGUGCUCCUGGCAGAAUGAUGCAUGGGAGGAGCAUUGUCACGGGUACAUCCGAGUCGAUUAUCAGUCCGCGAGCAACGAUACCGAGCAAACGAGGGUCUGCGAAGAUUGGUCCCAACGCCACGAUCAACUCGGACAUACUUGCACGUCGAAGCUAGUCGACGAUGACAUUUACACCCGUCUGCAUGGGUCCGGCUUUCAAUUCGGUCCUGCUUUCCAGACCGUGACGGGUGCUAAAUGCAAUGGAAGGGAAGCCAUAGCUCUUGUCAAAGUCUUCCAGUGGCCUGAAAUGGAACAUCCACAGAAUCACAUCAUCCAUCCUACCACUCUGGAUGGGAUCCUACACUUGUCCUCGGUGGCCCUUAUGGGAGAUGCGCAAAUCCAAGUCCCUGCCGCUAUCCCGACUGGGAUCGGAUCGCUCUGGGUGGCUCGCAAGGGUAUAAAUGGGGCUGUUGACAGAGUUCAGACGUCGGCAUGGAUGAAAUCAUUUCAUAAUCGAGGACAUGCAUUUGACGCAUGUGCCAUGAAUGAGAAACGACUUCUUGUUCAGGUCCACGGACUUCAAUCUACCAUCUUGGGUGGUACCACAAGCCCAUCUACUGAGCAGGAGGUAGCUCCAUUGACCGCGUUUCGCUUGAAUCGUGUGGCAGAUCUGAAUACAAUGGACACCGCGCGAUUAAUCGCGUUUUGUGGACAGGCCAUCUCAAAGCCAACAGAACCCGUGGAAUUCUUCCGAGAUUUGAACUUUGUCUUGUAUAAAUUUCUUGCCGAUGCAUUGACUGCGAUCACUGCCAAUCAUGCAACAUCUCAUUCGCGAUUACCGCACGUUCAGCGGUAUGUGGACUGGGCGACUCUGCAGAAGGAGAAGUAUCGAGCCGGUGAGCUUCCUCUCAGCAGACCAGAAUGGGGCGAGUACCUGGAAAGACCUGGCUACUUUGAAGCAGUAUGUCAACGGGUUUUGUCCAGUAAUGGUGCUGGGGCUGCAUACGUUCAUACUGGACGUAACCUUCUCAAGAUCCUCGAAGGAGAUCAGGACCCUCUCGAGUUCUUGUUCAAUGGUGAUAUGAUGGCGCAGUGGUACAGCGAGGUGAACAAUCGACCUUGCUUCAAGCCAUGGGGACUCUACUUGCAAACAGCUGCCAGAAAAAACCCUAAUAUGCGGAUUCUGGAGAUUGGAGCCGGUACUGGUGGAUCGACGCGUCAUAUCUUGAAGGCCCUGUCGACUGAUUGCAAUGUCCCCGAAGAGUCUGCACUCUACAAGUGUUAUGACUACACUGAUAUAUCGCCGGCGUUUUUCGAGCGAGCCGCGGACUGCUUCGCUAAAUACCCACAUCUCCAUUUCCGAAUUUUGAAUAUUGAGCAGGACCCAGUAGAGCAGGGGUACGAACUUGGCUCGUAUGACUUGAUCAUCGCGGCCAAUGUUCUUCACGCAACUCCUUGCAUUGGAGAUACCCUCAACAAUGUGCACAGCCUGUUGAAGGCAGAUGGCAAAUUGAUGCUGUUUGAAGUGACACAUCCAGAGAUUAUUCGUUCUGGAUUCAUUGCGGGACUCAUGGAGGGCUGGUGGGCCGGUGUCGAUGAUGGAAGAGUACACAGUCCUGCACUCACGGUCGAUGAAUGGGACGGAGCUUUGAGAGGUUCUGGAUUCCAUGGCAUUGAAGUUGUGUUUCCAGAGUUUGAUGACACCGAAUGUCACGAAAUGGACAUCAUCGUGGCUAAUGCUUCGGAUACCCGGGUGCACGAAAUGAAACAGACACGACAAUCGUUUUAUUUCAUCAUGCAUUGCCUCUCCAGGCUACAGCAAGAAAUAUUCAAUCGAGUUCGUGAAGCUCUGCUACUGCACUAUCCUGGAUCGCAGGUUGUGUCUGGGAGCCUGGAAGAAUGUGCCGCUUCCGACCUCAUGGGAUCGACAGUGGUCUGCCUUGAAGAAACCGAACGGCCAAUGUUGAGCAAUAUGACGCGCGCGACCUUUACGAGUCUGCAAACACUGACUAAUGGAUGCAAUUCCAUCCUUUGGGUCACUGCUGGCGGCGACUCGACGAAUCUGUACCUUGGCUCUGGACCUGGGGGAGAGAUCUUGGGUCGGCAAAUCAAUCACAUCAUGCAUGUUAUGCAAGGAAGUCUUCUGGCUGACCCGACCUCGGAUUACGAGCCGGAAUUCUUGGAGAUCGAUGGGACUCUGCACAUUCUUCGACUCGAGCCUGAUCUCCAACUUACCAAAGGGCUACACUUGGCGUCUCAGCCUCUGCAAUCCUCAAUCCAACCACUUGCUGAUUUGAGCUCCGCUCGAUUGUUGUGCGGAACAUCUGGCGUUCUUACAUCACUCCACUGGGCAGACGAAGAUGAUAUCCGCCUGAUUCAACCCGAUGAUGUCAUUAUCAAGGUUGCAGCUGUCGGCGUCACCUUGCACGACGUUCUGAGUGUAACAGGAAAGAUUCCCGAUAUACCUCUUGGGCUCGAGUGCGCUGGGACGGUUGUCAAAGUAGGUCACGGCUGCGUUGGCCUUCAACCUGGUGACCGCGUGCUCGCCUUCGGCCCUGGGAAGUUUAGGACGAUGGCGAGAGCCAAACAGGACUUCGUGUUCCGCAUACCAAGCGAGAUUCCACUCACUCAUGCCGCCGCUAUACCGAUGGCAUUUGGCACGGCGUGGCAUCUCUUGGUCACGGUCGGUCGCCUCCGUCGGACGCAUACGGUUCUAGUGCAUGAUGGCACUAGUUCCCUCGGCCAAGCCGCAAUCCAACUUGCUAGAUAUCUCGGGGCCAUGGUAUACACGACAUUUGAUACAGAAGAAAAGAGGCAAUGGUUGUUUCAGCAAGGCAUGUUGCCAUCCGAACGUAUUUUGGACGCUCGCGAUGUCUGUUUCGCAUCUGGGCUCAUGCGAGCAACUGACCACGGAGCGGACAUGGUCAUCAAUUUCGCUGGUGGGAAGAUACAAUGUGCCUCUUGGGAAUGUGUAGCACCAUAUGGUCUGAUGAUCCAAGUCGGCCACCAGUCCAGCGGCCUUCUCCCGCUAGCACAUUUCAGUCGGCAGGCGUCUCUGACCUAUUUCGACGACCUCCAGUGGAUCAGUGACAGACCAGAUAUGCUUCAAGAGGCAAUCAACGAAGUACUUCCACUCCUCACUGCGGGUCAUGUCAAUUUGAGCUUUUGCCAUAUGGAGAGCGCAUGUUUUAUCGAGGAAAUCUUCCGUUCCGUGCAACAUGGAACCAAUCCGGGCAAGACAGUCAUUGAUCUGACGGUGAAUGUCGAAGUUCCGACGGUGUUCAAAACGAAGAACGAGGCUCAACUUCAGGCCAGUGCUACCUAUGUGAUCUCUGGUGGCCUAGGUGGCUUGGGACGUGCAACAGCACGGUGGAUGGUUUCUCAAGGGGCUCGCAACCUCGUACUGCUGGGACGUUCGGGGCCCACGACAGAGGCAGCCAGAGUCCUCAUUGACGAACUUUCUGCCCAGGGGGUAACGGUCCAGGCACCUCCAUGUGAUAUCAUCGAUACACAAAGUGUCCAAUCGGUGAUGGGUCAAGUCAUGCAAACAAUGCCCCCAAUCAAAGGCCUGAUCCAAGCCUCGAUGGUUCUUCGUGACUGUUUAUUCAGCGAGAUACGCUUUGAUGACUGGCACGUGGCGGUAGAAUGCAAAGCUCUGGGAUCAAAAAACUUGGCCGAGGCUCUUCCACCACUGGAUUUCUUUAUUAUGUUUUCCUCGGCCAGUAAUGUCAUUGGACUCACAGGUCAAUCCAACUAUGCCGCAGGAAACUCCUACAUGGACAGCUUUGCGAGACACCUGGCAUUCCAUGGACAACAAGCAGUAUCUUUGGACCUUGGCCCUAUGAUUGACGACGGCGUUUUGGUUGAAACCGAAGGCUUCCUCGACAAGGUUCUUCAAUAUGGAUCGCUUGCUCCAGUGAGCCGGGAACAGUUCUUCGCUCUUCUGAGUCACUAUUGCAAACCCAUGAAGGUUCCGUUAACCCCCGGCAAUGCUCAGUUGGUAUUUGGGGUAUCCGGUCGUGGUGGUCGACAGGUCGAGAAUCAACUGACAGACAAACCUCUCUUCAAGCGACUGAAGCUGGAAAAAAUCCUCAUGGACCCAAACUCGGUGAAAAGCGAGAAAGCGGAUUUCAAGAAGCUCUUUCUCAAGACAACGUCUCUGCAGAAAGGUCGCGAGAUCAUCGGUCGGGCCCUCAUUCAUAAGAUGGUACAUUCGUACCGGUUGAUUCCCGAACAUGUCGAUGUCGAUGUUGACGCCCCCCUGCACACUUAUCGAGUUGACUCACUUCUUGCGGUUGAACUUUGUAAUUGGUUUGCGAAGGAGUUUUUGGCCGAUGUGGCCGUGCUAGAAAUCAUGGGAGGGUCGACUUUUGCCAUGGUCGAGCUGCUGGUGGCUACUCGCAGUCAGCUCCGACAUCCCCAAUGGGUUUGA